GCGGCGCUGGCUGAGCGAGGCCGCAAGAUGGCGCCGUGGGCGGCAGGAGGAGAGGGGGGACAGCCCCGGCCACGGGUGUGCUCCUCACCGCCCUCGCCGCUCGCUGCCCGCCCCCUCCGCACCGCACGGCCGGGGGCACCCGAGCGGGGCUGCGCGCUGCGCUGCAGUCAGCGGAUGGAGCGCGCUCUGCUUUGACUUAUCGCCCACAGACAGCACGGAUCCAUCAGUGGUGAACUUCAUGACGAGCUGAAGUGCCGGCCGCCAGGAGACACCAGGAAAUCACAGCAAGGUGAGUGGUACACCAUGUCACAGUGAGCACCCGGAGCCGAGAGGAGCAGAGACUGCUUGGAGGAGAACUGCAUGUGAAACGUCAUUGGACAAAAUGGGGAAUGCAUCAAUGAAACCCAAACAUCUGAGGCAGCCAGACAGACACAUAGCAAAUCUAGCUCUUGGUUGUGCUAGCAACUAUAAGUUUCUAACAGACCCUGGUUUGGGCAUCCACGUCACUGGACAAGUUGAUGUGCUUUGCAGCAGAGUGCUUGAACUGGAAAAGGAGCUCAGAAGAAAAGAUGAAGAGUUGCAAGAGGGUCAAAGUCUUGUUGCUGAGCUUCAGGAGCAGCUGUCUGUGCAGACAAAAGUCAUAGCAGAACUCACCAAGGAACUUCAGAACAAGUGCAUACAGCUGAACAAGCUGCAGGAUGUUAUUAACACUCAAGGAGAACACUCUCUUCAGCCUUCUCCAUUUAGAGUGACUCCAAAGAAUCAAGUCUCUGCUGACAGGAGGAAAGGAGCUAAGGAAGGUGUAUCUGCAGAGCCAACAACACAGCUCUAUGAUUCUGGCAAACAAGCUAGAUUUUCCUUUGAAAAAUCAAGAGUCAGAAAGGAUUCCAGUGAGAAGAAGCUCAUCACAGACGCCCUGAAUAAAAAUCAGUUCUUGAAGAGAUUGGAGCCUCAGCAGAUCCGAGAGAUGGUGGAAUGUAUGUAUGAGAGGACUUUCCAGCAGGGGAGCUAUGUCAUCAGACAAGGAGAGCCAGGAAAUCACAUUUUUGUCCUCAAAGAGGGCAGACUGGAAGUCUUCCAGCAGAAUAAACUGCUCUCCUCCAUACCUGUGUGGACAGCAUUUGGUGAACUGGCCAUUUUAUACAACUGCACACGGACGGCUUCCGUGAAAGCAAUCACCAAUGUUAAAACAUGGGCACUGGACAGAGAAGUGUUUCAAAACAUCAUGAGAGUGACAGCACAGACAAGGCAAGAACAGUACAGAAACUUUCUUAGAAGUGUGUCCCUCUUAAAAAACUUACCAGAAGACAAAUUGACCAAAAUCAUGGACUGCCUGGAGGUGGAGUACUAUGACAAAGGAGAUUAUGUUAUUCGGGAAGGAGAAGAAGGAAAUACCUUCUUUAUAAUAGCAAAAGGAAAGGUAAAGGUUACCCAGAGUACUGCAGAUCACUCACAGCCUCAGCUGAUUAAAAAUCUGCAUAAAGGAGAUUACUUUGGAGAAAAGGCCCUCAUUAGUGAUGAUGUCAGAUCAGCAAAUGUUAUUGCGGAUGAAUAUGACGUGGAGUGCCUCGUAAUAGAUAGAGAGACAUUUAAUCAAACUGUUGGAACUUAUGAGGAGUUACAAACCUACCUUGAAGGUUAUGUGGCUAAUCUGGCCAGGGCUGAUGAGAAGCGACAUGCAAAAAGAAGAUCCUUCUGUGGACAGUCAACCAAAGAGGUGUCUUUGGAGAUGAUACAACUGAAGGAGAAAGUAGCCCAGUUCCCUUCUUCCCCAUUCCAGAAUUUAGAAGUUGUCACAACUCUCGGUGUUGGUGGGUUCGGAAGGGUUGAGCUUGUUAAGGUAAAAAAUGAGAACGUGGCAUUUGCUAUGAAGUGUAUAAAGAAGAAACAUGUAGUGGACACCAAACAACAAGAGCAUAUAUAUUCUGAAAAGAAAAUCCUUGAGCAGAUAUGUUCUCCUUUCAUUGUGAAACUGUAUCGCACAUUUAAGGAUAAUAAGUAUGUGUACAUGCUGCUGGAGGCUUGCCUUGGUGGGGAGCUGUGGAGCUUGCUGAGAGACAGAGGCAGCUUUGAUGAACCCACUACAAAGUUCUGUGUUGGAUGUGUGACAGAGGCUUUGGACUAUCUACAUCACAUAGAAAUUGUCUACCGAGACUUGAAGCCAGAAAACUUAAUUUUGGAUGCUGAAGGAUAUAUAAAAUUGGUUGAUUUUGGAUUUGCAAAAAAGAUCGGAUCAGGGCAGAAAACCUGGACGUUCUGUGGAACCCCUGAGUAUGUUGCUCCAGAAGUCAUCCUGAGUAAGGGCCAUGACUUCAGUGUGGAUUUUUGGUCCCUUGGGAUUCUUGUGUAUGAACUCCUUACUGGCAGCCCACCAUUCUCUGGGGCUGAUCAGAUGACAACAUAUAAUUUGAUUCUAAAGGGCAUUGAAAAACUGGAUUUUCCUAGAACAAUAACAAGGCGGCCUGAGGAUUUGAUCCGCAGACUCUGCAGGCAGAACCCAACAGAAAGAUUAGGCAAUCUGAGGAAUGGGAUUAAUGACAUUAAGAAGCACAGGUGGUUGAAUGGUUUUAACUGGGAUGGUCUGAAAUUGAGGAAAUUAGCAUCACCUUUAAAAAGAGAGUUAUCUGGACCAACUGAUUACAGCUACUUUGACAGCUAUCCACCUGAAGAGGGAAUGCCUCCAGAUGAACUUUCUGGUUGGGACAAGGAUUUCUGACACUUUUUUCUUCCAGGACAUCUAUAGAGACUCAUGGGCAUCAGUUCUAAAGCUGUUCUUGUGUUUCUUGCUUAAAACCAAAGUACAUGAUGUUAUUGAAAAAUGUUACACUCCUUGGAGAAUAGAAGACGGUACAGCAACCAGAACUUGUUUGGAUAUUGCAUCUCCUUAUAACAAAAGCAUGCAGAUGCAACCUGAAUCUUUUUUGAAUACGCAAUAUCUCUAUGAGCAUUUUCUGACACUGCAGAUGGGAUGCAUGGUUUUGCCAUUGGGAAUUUUACUAGCAUAUUUUGAUAUCAAGAAGGUUGCCACAUGUCUUUAUUUUGAACAGAGAGAAUGAAGAUUAUCUGCCCAUAACUUUGUGGAAUUUGUCAAUACCUGACACUACAGGCAUUUAUUUUUCAUUUUAUAACGAGUCUACUGUGCGUUUUGCUCUUUCCAGUAAUGGGCAGUCCUGAAUUGAUCCAGAAGCAUGUAGAAGACUUUUUCUACAAGACUGAUUUGACUUGAUGCUGCAGCUUAAAGGGUAUCAGUGUGGAAACUGCCUCUCUAUCUGUUUAGUUCUGCACCAGGGUGAUUAUGUGGAACACGGUACAACAGGUCAAAUGGAAAUCCAGCUGGGAACUAGGUAAAUGCAUAAUAGAUUUUUCCUGGAGAAGCAGACUGGUAUAACUGCUUCAAAGAACUAUGUCUGCAUCUUAAAAUGUUGUGCUUUUAUGUAGCGUGAAGCUAAAAUAGAUAGAAAAAAAGUAUUUAUCUUGCAAGAAGAAAUAUGUAAGUACAGAAUAUUUUGUCCUUCAAAUAUAUUUUCAAUGAUAUUUUUAUUUCAUUGGCAUUUUGCUGUAAUUAUGAAAUUUGCUGAAACAUCAAUGCUAAAACUCACACUCAUUUUGAUGUCCCACUUGCUAUCAUGAGAUAUGGAUACAUAUGGGUGGUAGGCAUAAAUGAAAAAAGGACAGCUGCUGACUUGGUGUUUCCCAAUGAACUAAUAUCCCAGAUGAGCUUUACAAUCUCCUUGCAGGUUUUCAGGACAUGAUCAGGCAGAGACUUGAGCAACUCAAUUUGGACUCAGUGUUGACCCUUCUCUGAGUUGGAACGGAGACCUCCCAUGAUCCUGUGACCCCAGGAAUUAAUUUUAUCGGUCAGCUAUUUGCAUAAUUACAAUAUAUCAUGACGCUUUUCUCUAUAUGAAUUUGUAGAUGCUUAACGUCUGUAUUAUUAGAACAGAAGAGUUCUUUUGAAAUGCUGAUUGGAUGAUGAAUGCAGUUGGGUGUGGAGUGCUCAUGAAUUAAACAUAGAACUCUCUUGCGCCCUGCUAUGAGGGCAUGGCAUCUUCCUGGGGAUCAUGCUGGUAUUCUUGCAUCCAUGCAUCUGUAGCCCUUGAUAGAAAUUUGUUCUUAACCUAAAUUAAGAUAUUUAAACUGCCAUGGCACACUGCAUUUCACGUGCUCGAUGGAAAAACCUCCUAGGAAACUUGUGACGUGUGUUCAGGGCUUCUUAACUGACACUGGCUGACUGGUUAUGACCUACCCAACUGGGCAAAGAAGGGUCUGCCACUGAGGCUGUCCAUUUUCCCCAUUUUUGAUGAAUGAAAGAAUCGGAUCUUCCACUUCUGAGGUCAGUGUCAAGCUAUUGUUUGCCCUUAGUUAAAGCGUAGGGAGCUGGGGCUGUAUUUGAUGAGGAAUGUGUGUUUUGUUUCGAGGGGGAAUUGCUCUUCACUGAAUCUCUGCCUGAUGAACUGCAGAAUGUGCUGUAGGGGAACACUCAUUUGGCUGUUUUGGGCAGAAAUUUAACAAAAUGUUUUCAUUAAAAAUUGUAGGUAACAAGGAAAUCCUUGAACUAAUGUAUUACAGUGUGUAGGCUAAUUGAUUUGUUCCACGUUAACAAAUAUUUUUUUCUUGUUGAACAGUCAGACAGAUUGAUUUUCUUUGACAGAAGAUCAAUUUAAAUAUUUUGUACAGCAUUCAGCCCAAGUAAAGACAGCAGAGUCCUUUCCAUUGGAAAAUAAUCAGGUCAAAGAGGAUGGAUUGGAGGCUUUAAGCUAGGACUAGUGCGUUAGUCCCUUUCAGCAGCUUCACUUAUUACCACUAAAGAACGGAUUUUCAUUUCAGGAUUUAGGCAAGAGUAGAUGUUGUGGAUGUGUGUUUCUGUGUGUCUCUGUCUGUCUCUCAUGCAUAUUUUUACAAUAGUCAAAAGAAUAUUGAGUCAGAUUUUAUAAAAAGAUUUUGAAUGUAUUUUUCCAUCGUAUCUAUAGGCAGUUUUCCUUGAGAUACAUAACAAUUAAUAUAUAUAUCAUUUUUUAAGUGAAGAAAUAUAAGUGAGUGCACUGUUCAUUGCAGUUAGCAAUUAAGUCUAUGGAACAAGAGGAUGUUUUGUUUAUGAAGCAAUAGAGUUGCUUGUUUAACUUGCAGUGUGUGCAAAUAAAAAAAAUAAGCUUGCAGUGCAAUGGGUAGGACAGUGCCUUUUUACAGUCUCAUUCCACACAGCAAAAUCACUGAAGUUGGAAACGACCUCUAAGAUCAUCUAGUCCAAGUAUCAACCCAUCAACACCUUGCCCUCUCGGAGAAUCAUUGAAGUUGGACAGGACCUCCAAGAAGUCCAGCUGUCAGCAUGUCUCUCAUGCAGAAGAGAAUCCAGUACCAACAGAUUCAGCAGUAUUGGAAAAAUAAUCUUAUUUUGAUGCUUACCCCAUAAAAUUGGCUUCACCAGUUUAAAAAUAUAUUUGAAAAAGGAACGUACCUCAAUUACAUGAGACAGUAACACUAAAUCUGUGAUUCUUUAUCAAGCAUUCUCAUUGGCUCCCAGAGCAGAUAGAAAAUAGGUUCUACAAUAAGCUUAGUAUAGCAUUUAAACAUAGCUAUGUUAUGAGUAAGUAUAGUGUGUUGUCCCAUUUUUUUUCCCACCGAAUCAUAGAACCCUUAAGGCUGGAGAAAGUCUCUAAUCUCACCACAUUCAACCUCCCACCCCAUCAGUACCAUGUUCAUUGACCAUGUCCAUCACUACCUCAUGAAAUAUUUUUGCAUUCGUCACUCUGGCCUAACCUUACUAGAUUUUUUUAUUCCAAUAGCCCAAUAGUCUUUAAAAGAAACUGAAAUUCACAUCACUGCAAGCUCCCUGAAAUGUCUUUAAGAACAAUAUGAAUGCAUCCUCUCAAAAAAUCUCAUUCUCCCUCUGUUUGUCAGGCAUGAAUUAACAUGCUGCUUGCCAAAGGAAAACCCUGUCAAAAACACGUCUUCAGCUGAUGAUACACAGUGACCAAGUCAGGAAACAGUUUUAGCUUUGCAGAUGAUACAAAAGUUUAUUGGGAAGUAAAGUGCUCAUUUUAAAGAUCAAUACAUUCUUGAUCAUUACAGAAGGCUCGCGUAAUUAACAGCUUGCUAAUGAGACCAAGCACUGUACAUAGCUUUUUCUAUACAAAACCUUAAUUUUAAGUGAAAAAAUUGUGCUAGAAUCUAGAAUAAAAAAAAAAAAACCAAGAUAAUAUGAAUGUUCAGAACAUUCGUCAUGCAGCCAUGCACUUACUGCACAGCUAUUGUCACACACAUGGAUAGCCCAUGGAAACUACAUGCACUUCAAGAUGAAGUUUGUUAUAAGGAUAGAAACUGCUAUAGAAAUACACAUUAAUACAUACAGCUAGGAAUGCAAAUUCAUUUUCAUUAAAAAAAAAAAAAAAAGUAGUACAAAGGAAGAUAAGUGCCAUCUUCGGGAACAAGGCACAGCUGACAGCCUUCUUGCUAAGACAACAUGCCACAACACUGGUGGGCAAAAGAAUGCUGUAACUCAGUGCUUUCUAUUGGAAAGCUAUUGGAAAGCAAUGUUUUGCCUUCAGUGGUGCAUCUCUCCUUCCAACAAUAAAUCAUCUAUGACAUGGAAGGCACAGAAAGGACCUCCUAUUUAUCCUAGGAACACAGCAAAACAUGGCAGAAGAAAAAAAAAAAAAUGCACUGUGUGACAGAGGUGAAGAUGACCAUAUUGAUUAGGUGUGGAGAGGCAGUUCUUAAACAUUACUUUUAAAAUGCUGACAAAACAGAAAGAGGCACUAUGUGUAUAGUUUCUUUUGCAGAGUAACCCGAUUAACAAGUUACAAGCUAAGAGCACUUCCUCUGCUUAAUGAAACAUAGUAUUUAAAAUAAAAAAGGAGGAAAAAGGACAUUUUAUAUUAAAUAAAAUGUCAAUAAGCCAACAAUAACUCCAGGAAAAAAAAAAAAAUA